CCGCCCCCGACGAGCGUGCCGCGCGUGACGUCACUUCCGGGUGCGGACGUGGCGCCGCCAUCUUGUGGGGCUGCCCGAGGGACGCGCAGCCAGCGCCGGGCCCCGCGCCGCCGCCAGCAUGGUGCUGUUGGCGGCAGCCGUCUGCACAAAGGCGGGAAAGGCCAUCGUCUCCCGGCAGUUCGUGGAGAUGACCCGGACCCGCAUCGAGGGGCUGCUGGCGGCGUUCCCGAAGCUGAUGAACACAGGGAAGCAGCACACUUUUGUUGAGACGGAGAGCGUGCGGUACGUCUACCAGCCGAUGGAGAAGCUCUACAUGGUGCUGAUCACCACCAAGAACAGCAACAUCCUGGAAGACCUGGAAACACUCCGACUCUUCUCCAGAGUGAUCCCUGAAUAUUGCCGAGCUCUGGAGGAGAACGAGAUCUCCGACCACUGCUUCGACCUGAUUUUUGCCUUUGAUGAAAUCGUUGCCCUGGGCUACCGUGAGAAUGUUAACCUGGCACAAAUCCGGACCUUCACGGAGAUGGAAUCUCAUGAAGAAAAGGUGUUCCGAGCCGUGCGAGAGACUCAGGAGCGCGAAGCAAAAGCUGAGAUGCGCCGCAAAGCGAAGGAGUUACAGCAGGCCAGGAGGGAUGCAGAGAGACAGGGCAAAAAGGCACCUGGAUUUGGUGGCUUUGGUAGCUCGGCUGUGUCUGGAGGCAUAACGGCAGCAAUGAUCACGGAGACCAUCAUCGAAACGGAAAAGCCCAAGGUGGCACCGGCGCCUGCCAGGCCCUCAGGUCCCAGUAAGGCUCUGAAACUCGGCGCAAAGGGGAAGGAGGUGGACAACUUUGUGGACAAACUGAAAUCAGAAGGAGAAAACAUCAUGACUUCUGUAGGCAAGCGCUCUACUGAAGCAGCCAAGGUUCUUGCUCCUCCAGUUAACGUGGAGAGCGUGCACAUGAAAAUAGAAGAGAAAAUCUCUCUGACUUGUGGCCGUGAUGGAGGGCUGCAGAACAUGGAGCUGCACGGCAUGAUCAUGCUGCACAUUUCCGACGAGAAGUUUGCACGGAUUCGCCUGCACUUAGAAAAUGAGGACAAACGAGGAGUGCAGCUACAGACUCACCCAAAUGUGGACAAGAAACUCUUCACUGCAGAGUCGCAGAUUGGUUUGAAGAACCCGGAGAAGUCAUUCCCUAUUAACAGUGACGUGGGUGUGCUGAAAUGGAGGUUGCAGACCACGGAAGAGUCUUUCAUUCCAUUGACAAUUAACUGCUGGCCCUCAGAAAGCGGGAACAGCUGUGACGUUAACAUCGAGUAUGAGUUGCAAGAGGAGAGCCUAGAGCUGAAUGACGUGGUCAUCACCAUCCCCCUGCCGUCUGGCGUUGGUGCCCCAGUGAUCGGGGAGAUCGAUGGCGAGUACCGCCACGACAGCCGGAGAAACCUCCUAGAGUGGUGCCUGCCAAUGAUAGAUGCCAAAAACAAGAGCGGCAGCCUGGAGUUCAGCAUAGCAGGACAGCCAAACGACUUCUUCCCUGUGCAAGUCUCCUUCGUCUCCAAAAAGAACUAUUGCAACAUACAGGUGACCAAAGUGACCCAGGUAGACGGGAACAGCCCAGUGAGGUUUUCCACUGAGACCACCUUCCUGGUGGACAAGUAUGAGAUCCUGUAACACAGCCGGGGGAGCCACAAAGGAAGAAAUUUUUAAAUUUAACAAAAAAAAACAUAAAAAGAGGCCGCAGUUUAUUCUGAAUGUCGGGAACGCCACAGCCCCCUCUGCCCUGGCAUGGGCUCUGUGCCACCUGCAGCCUUCCUGGGUCAUGGACAGUCUUGGCAGAGAAGUGACCUGCUCGGGGCAGGGAAAGGCUACCCAUUUCUUUGGCAGAUUUUUACUGGUGGGCAGAAAAGCAAGAUCUCCACAGAGAACCUGGCUCGGACCCAUCCCUUCCUCCCCUGAAGACACCUGGAGCUCAGCCCCAGCAUCUGUCAGCCAUCGUUUCCUCCCGUUCUGAGGCAUCGCGUGCUGUACCAUUGUUGGUUCUGCCAUUCUAAUUCCUCCUCGGCCUUCAGCUCUUGGUUCUGUCGGUGAAAGCAGGCAUUAAGAUAGCAGGGAGAUGCCUCCCUUCUCUGGACCUUCUGUCUGGUAGAGGUGGAGCAAGCUGGCCUCGGUGUCAGAGCUGGGUGUGGGGUGGGAAGGGAGAUUCAGCUUUAGUCCUUUUCUCUACACUUAUGCUGUCUCUCCACCUCUCUGGCUCCAAGAGAGCUCUGAGGUAGCACAGGCUGUGGCUCCAAAUGCUCGGGUGGGAGGGAGAACAUUUUGUCCUGGUUAUGGGCUCUCUGUCCUGGGCUUUGGAGGAGGUUUAAGUGGGUACAGACUGGGUGUGUGUGUCCUUCCCUGGGCCUUCUUGGUGCUCUCAGAGGUUCCUGGCUUUGCCUGCAAGCAGCCGUGGAGAUUGACUUGUCCCAAACCAGCCCUCUUUCUCAGUGCUUGAGAAUGGACCAGAAGGAAGUGCUGUUUUUUAGGAAGGGGCUGGGGAGAAAUUGAUCCAAAAAGGAGCAACAGUGGUGUAGCAUCUGCUCUCCUGGAGCUGUUCCUUCUCCUGCCCUGGUGGCACAGGCUGUGCUGCCUUCAGAGCUCAUCUCCCCUGCGUGGCUCUGGGCUCAUCUCUGGCAGUUCUGCCGUGGGCUCCGAGCACGCAGGUGGGAAGGAAACGCCCCAAACCCGUGUCCCGGGAGAGCAUCCCUGCCUUCCGUGGGUCCUCUGCCAAAGCAGUCCGUGGUCUCUCUGCCAGCGGCACUCCCUUGGCACUGGAUCCCGUUCCCUCUUCCCUGCUCACUCCGUCGCGGCCGAGAGCCGCCAGCCUGGGUGAUGUGUAAGGGAGCCGAGGUUGGCUCCAGCAUCCCGGGAGCUUUUCUUUCCCUGCGUUGGCUGGAGGG